UAAGAAAUUUCUCACUGAUGUGACGCCUCGCACAUUUUGUUAUGAGGGAGACGCUGGCGCCGUUGAUGUCCACGCUUGAUGGGGAUUCCCGGACUUACAGGCUAUAUUAACUCAAUCGGAACUCUUUGGACGUCGAUCGACCUUCAAAACACAAAACUUGUCAUAGACGGAUCAUGUCUAUCUCACUACCUUUAUGUAAACAACGGCUUCGACUGCAGAUGUGGCGGUCAGUACGAUGAAUUCUAUCGCGUUGUGCUUUCGUUUUUCGAUGCCCUGAUUUCUAACGGUGUAGAAUCUUAUGUGAUCUUCGAUGGGGCGCACCAUCCAAGCGAUAAAAAGAUGGAAACGCUCAAGGCAAGAGCUCUGGAGAGGAUCAAGACUUCUAAAGCGUUGUCAAACUCUACAGACGACAGGCUCUUUCUACGUCCGCUUUUGUCAAAGCUUGUUUUUCUACAGGCACUGAGGAAUCGCGGCGUAAAAUUUGCGGUCUGUGAUAGUGAAGCCGACACGGAAAUUGCCUCCCUUGCUCGUUCCUGGAACUGUCCCGUGCUGAGCAGCGAUAGUGACUUCUUCAUCUUUGAUAUCAAAGCAGGUUACAUCCCUCUUACUUUCCUCAACUGGAACUCUGAUCAUUUGACAGCCAGUGUUUUCUAUCGGAAUAAAAUGGCAUCGCACUUUCGAAUUCGCCCGGAAUUGAUUCCUCUGCUAGCUUCUUUAGCAGGGAACGAUUACGUGAGUUCUGACACAUUAGCUGCGUUCAAUCUCGCACUAAAUCGCAUUCAGACUUCGGGCGGUUUUGGGAGAAGAGGAGCAAGAUUUGCAACCAUCGCUAACAUGCUCUCCGAACUACCUGACUCAAGCACAGAAGAGGAGACGUUAAAAUACGCCCUACAAAUGGUACCGUCGCCAGGGAGCAGAGAUCAACUUAGACAAGCUGUUGAGCAUUCUCUUCAGGAAUACACGAUCACGGAAUCGAUUUUAUUGCGCUAUUUCCAGGAUGGCGUGAUCAGUAGUUCCCUAAGAACCCAAAACGGCCACGAAAUCAACGAGUGGCUUUUGCGCAGGUUCCGCGAUGGAUACUUUGCCUCUACAUGUAUGAGUGGCUUAACGGUGGGCAAAUUCUUGCUGGGAACUUUGGUCGAGAAUUGUCGGGAAAUAUCGGCAAAUCGCUGUUCUCUGUGGCUGAGGCGGUUUGUGUAUGGGAUUUUGAACGAUGCUGCUACUCACGGAGCGGAGGGUAAUUUAACAAUGGUCCAAGAAUGGGACAGAGAGGGUUUGACGGUCAAGCCGUCAAAUGUGGUACCUUACCAAGAGGGCGUGGUCCCCAGUGUGAGCCUCAUCCCAUACCUUGAUACCGAAGAACGUUUGACGUUUCUAUUUUUUGCGCUCGAUGUGGACACAACGCACAUCAAGUACUUGCCGGAUGAGUUCAAAUUAAUUGUAGGGUCACUUCGUUUACUCCUCACUAACGCUCAGCCAAUGUUAGAGAUGAACCACCUCGUCGCUUUACUCUGCUGUUUCGUUAACUUACAAGCAGAUUCGGUUGAACAAAAAGAAACCCCUACAAAUAGAAAACGUUUUUCUCAGCCGUUUGAUCUGCGAGCGGCACAAAGUUUUGCUCAGUGGCAGUGUGUGUUGAGAGAUGCCAUUCACCUGAAUGUAACUUUGCUUGAGCCCGUACCUACACCCUACAUUCACAAGACUUUCAAUGGAAAACUGGCGCAUAGUUUGCGAAAAGGAUUGGAUCAAGGUCGUACACCAGAGCAGCUGAUUCCUUCUUUCGGACUGUUUCGCUUGUUCCACAGACUUAAAAUCGCGGUAACCAGCGACCUGUUAGAAAAGAUGGCGACGAACGAGAGACACGAUGGCAAAAAGAUUAUUAAGGAGAAAUCCCGGUCAACAGUCGGGACGUCAAAUGCGGCAUUAUCCUCGGACGAAACUUUGGAAAAUCGUUUUUCACUUUUGUGUGACAUUGGAGAACAACAAAGCUAAGCCAAUGAAACGUAACUUACCGGAGAUCUAACCCGAGAUCAGGUUAAUAAUACCAGUUAUCGCCCAACAUAGUUAUCACUAUGGACUUGUCGCCAAAUAGAAGGACGAAUUCUACUGGCGAUAUGGGGAUCAUGUGACUUACUUCCAAAGACUCGAGGUAUUUGUUUCUUUUGGACUGUUUGACGAUCGAAAACUGUUCGAAACGUCUACGAGAAUUUAACAGCAUGUAAAACUGUACCUGUUUUCCUGUCUGAAAUUGCCAAACGACGAAAGUAGUCCUUUUUUUUCUUUUUUAUAGACAAAGUUUAGUUUUUUUAGUUUUAGUCACACAACAUAAAGUUUUAACAAACCUACUUUUUGAGCCUCCACUGAAAGGUGACGUAAUAGCGUUCGGAAUGUACAAGGAGGUUGGUCCAAAGUAUUGUGGUUAAAUUUUUCACUUUGUGUUUCUUUUACAUAUACAAUUCUUAUCCGUUGAAAAAGUAAAAGAUACUAUAAUGAUCUUAGCAAUAAACACCUUUGUUUACAAAACCUUGUCUUCUU